GCAUGUCUAUUCAUUGGGAAUAAAUCAGAUAACGAACGGAAUUAUCGUCUUGCUGAUUUUUAUGACGGAGAAAAAAAUGUUAUUUUGUUGUGAGAUGAAAAUCCAGAGAUGCAUUUAGAGUUUAAGCAGAGAGAAGAUUUUAUUGAGGGAAAAAAUUUUAAUUUCAACGUGGGUGAUACAUGUCCGCGUCAAAAGGGGUCUAGUAUAAAUUGAUAGAGCCCGUUUACGCUGAGAUAAAUUUACUGACGUGAAAUACGUCGACGUAGUUCGCUUAAUAAAAUAAAACCGAGUUGACCUUGUAAACUAGCUGAUACUGAUUUUCACGGGAAAUUCUUGCUGCACUUUUAUCAAAACUGUUUCUUCUUGAUCCUCAGCUUCAUGUAUUUAAAUCUGUAUCAAUUUGAUUUUUAUUUACGCUGGCUAUCAAUCACGAGACCUAUCGCGAUAAAUUGAUAUCGGAUUUUAAAUAUCGCCAGUAAGAUUAUUGAAAAUAGUACUCGAGAUUAACGAUUGCGAAAAAUGUGACAUAAAAAUAAAAAGAGCAGUGAUUAUGAUUAUCCUCUUCCUAGUAUUGUCGCAUGAGUACGCCCUUGGCAAACACUUUAAUCUGACAGAACUACUCGGGCAACGGCUACUUGGUGCUACCAAUCAUCAGUAUCACGUGGCGUCUUCGCAUCUACAGCAUCAUCUCCCGACAAUUGUCUUCAGAGAUCUGUCAUACUUGCCAGAGAUUUACAAUAAUAAUAAUAAUAAUAAUAAUAAUAAUAAUAAUGAUGAUGAUGAUGACAAUAAUAACAAUGAUGACGACAGACAACCAGACGAUCAGUUAUUGAGAACUGAUAGAAAUUUAAUGCCAGAGUACCGGAAUCUUUGCGAAACCAAGACCAGAAAAGUUCAAUUGGCCGACGAAGAAUUCGAGUAUCAGCCGCCGCACUAUCACGAGGUUUAUUGCAAAAGCUACUCGCUGUUUGAUGAGACAGAGCCGCAGAGUAUCGCGAAAAAAAAUAAACAGACGUGCGCUCAUCCAGGGUUCCAUUGCGUCCAGAGAAGCCGCGUCCUGUUUAUGGUGAGACGCCGGUGGGCUGACGGCUGCUGGGAACCUUUUACCAAAGAAAUCGCCAGCGGAUGUGAAUGCAUGUGGCCGGUAUCCACUCUCGGUGACAUUUCCGCUCACUACUAAAUAUGAGUUAUUAAUCUUAAUAUACGUAUGUAUCAACGUUUCAAUAAAUUUAUUUUAAAUAAACGCGUUCAAUUUUUAUUAAUAAAAAUAAUGGCAUUGAAAAAUACGAAAAUUAUUGUCACAGUAAAUAAUU